AUGCCGCCCUGUCGCCCAGCCACCCCGCCGCCCCGCCUUCCUGCCUCCCCGCCUCCCUGCCGCCCCGCCUCCUCGCCUCCCUGCCGCCCCGCCUCCCUGCCGCCCCACCGCCCCGCCUCCCUGUCGCCCAGCCUCCCCGCCGCCCCGCCUCCCUGCCGCCCCGCCUCCCUGCCGCCCUGUCGCCUCCCCCGCCUCCCAGCCUCCCUGCCGCCCAGCCUCCCUGCCCCCCAGCCUCCCUGCCGCCCAGCCUCCCUGCCGCCCAGCCUCCCCGCCUCCCCGCCGCCCCGCCUCCCCGCCGCCCCGCCUCCCUGCCGACUACACCAACGCCAGG